CAGAUGGUGCCUGGUCACAUGAUGUUGUUAGCCGAGGCUGAGGAGCAGCACCAUCUGAGCUGAAUCACAGCCACAUCUCUCCCUACAUUGAAGCUGACAGGCCAACAGCCAUCAGACAGGAUGUCGUACGGGUCCAUUGACGGGGGCUCUUUUGGCAGUCGCAACCCGUUUGGAGGUCCUACGAGUCAGGGCUACCAGCCAGUGGCCACUCAGGUCAGCCCUUCAGAACUGCAAGAUGUGUUCCAGGAGACCUCCUCCAAUAUCUUCCAGAUCAACGCCAAUGUUGUCACACUGGAGAAGAAUCUUCAAUCACUGGGGACAUCUAGAGAUACAGAAGAGCUACGACAGAGUCUACACUCCAUGCAGCAACAAACCAACAAAGUGAUCACCACUACCAGCCAACUCAUCAAACAGCUCUCUGAUAUAAUCAGCAGCUCUUCACGGCAAGACCGUCUGCACCUGACUAGACUAAAGACUGAACUCUCAGAGUCUGUGCAGCGCUACGGGGAUCUGCAGAAGAAAAUUGCGGAGCGUUCAAGGGCCCUGCUGCCUCCAGCACAGAGAGACAAGAAGAGUCCUCAGACCCAGUCCACUGAGCAGAUCGAGGAGGUUUCUCUGUUUGGAGAAGCAGUGGGUUCAGAUGGAGGGGCUCAAGCUUUCCUGUCUGAGAUCAGUGAGGAGGACGUGGAGGUACUUCACCAAAGAGAGGAGGCCCUGCUGCAGAUCGAAAGAGACAUGCUGGACGUAAGUCAAAUCAUGAAGGAUCUGGCCUGUAUGGUCCAUGAACAAGGCGACGCAAUAGACAGCAUUGAAGAUUACAUCCAGACUGCAUCAUCCAACGUGGAAUCCGCCAAUCAGGAGCUUGCGAAGGCCAACCAAUACCAGAGGCAGCUGAGGAAGAGGAAGUGCUACCUCCUGGUGGCCGGAGCCAUCGCCCUCACCAUCCUCAUCAUCAUCAUAGCUGUUUCAGUAAGGAAAUGAGAGCGGCCACUGUGGUAGCUGCUGUCAUUACCGUGUCACCGCGGUGCUCCUGCCCAGUCUGAUCCCUGGCCUGAGCAGCUGGUUUCCAGUAGGGGGGGGGGGGGGUGCCCUGCAACUACAUCUCCUCCAUCAUCCAUGCCUCUGUUUACGUGUGCCCAGUCUGGGGAUACAGGCCUCUCUCAGCAUAUUAAUAUGAGAGCUGCUCUAUCAAAAUUAGUCACAUUGUCCCAGGAACACAUUUUGAGUUUUAUACACAUUUGUAAAGUGGAGAUUCUUAGCUUUCCAAUGAUAUCCUUGUUUGUUUUCCCUUAAAUAUUCAGCAAAAAUAUUUCACAUACCAGGUAACUGUUACCAAGACAGGAGGCUGAGAAAAAGGCCUUCAAAGUUUGCAGACAACAUUUCAAAAGGGGGCACAGGGCUUAAUAUUUUGGGGGAAUAGUACCCCUUGGCCACCAAAGCUUGUUAGCAGGCUGUCCCUCUCAUGAUGUGCAACAGAUCAUGGAGAUUCACCCGUGGGCUAACUAAUUUUAAUCUAGUAGCAUCGAGGACCAGGAUGUUUAUUUUCCCCGGCCAGAGGAGUGAAACACAUGGCCUGUUGUAAUGCCUAAUUCUCAGUCCGAUACUUUUACAAUCGUUGAUUCCGUAUUUAUCAUCUGAAUUCGGCUAUAAUAUUCUAAUAUUCUGAAAAGCCACGCUUUUAUUUAUAAUUAAGAUCAGAUGACCACCCCCUGUCCCGGACCCGGUCGUGUUACUGUCAGCCUGUCAUUUCAUAUUUCAGGGAGGCUGAUCAGAGUGAGAGGAGACAGUGAUCGCUGAAGUUGACACCCUGUUUUUACAAGCUUCAGAAAAGUAUUCAUCGUCUGAAUAUGACACGAGAAGUUUGAUAUUCUGAAUCCCAAGAGUUUGUUUGUUUAGAAUCAACCAAAAACCCAAUGUUCGAAUGUGCGACAUCCGACUGAUUUGGAUAGAGCGGGUCACAUAUGUCAAGAGUGAGAUCCAUCUUUUUUUUCUUUGUCAUUGAUGGUUUCUGUGAAUCAAAUAUCAUCAUCAAACUUGAAGAAACAACUGUGAAUUUAGGAUCUGGGGGCCUGAGGUGUGUUGUUGUCUCGGAGGACCCCUGUGGCUGGUGACUAAUGCUCGAGCUUCCUCUACAGCAGGAGAUUCAGGGUGAGACAGCUUGAGCUUCACACUCUUCACUGCUGUACAAGAUGCUUUGUUUCUUUAAAUGUAUUUUUACUGAAAUGGACAUUUUUAUCUUGUCAUGUAAUUUAAUCAGUAUUUUAUUGUAGCGUUUGUUGAUAUUGGUAAAUAUUGUUUGAGCAAAUACUGUAUAUCUUCCCAAAUAAAAGUCUAAGU